AUGUCUCUUCCAAAUGCUGACACAGAUAUUAUCCUCAACAAGGCCAACAUCGCGCUUGCUCGCAGUCAACGCCUCGUUGCAUCCUGGCUACCCUCCGAGAUCACAGCUGACCAGGGCAAUGUGAAAAACGAUAGCGAAGUCCAAAGGGAGGAGGACAAAAUAUUUACAGCUGUUCCCGAGACACUUGGUCUCGGGGCGCCCUUACCCACAAAAGCUGCAGACGGCAGUUGGAACCGCACUGAGCUCGAUUCCAAUGAUAAAUUACGGAAGCAGCUUCUAGGGAGGAAUUACAAGAAAGUUAUGGCAGAGAAAGCGCGGCAGAAGACCAGUGAUACGGGCCCUGUGCCAUCAGCGAUGAAGAACUCUGCCUCAAAGGGAUCAGUCAGUCACCAACGAGGCGCUGGUGGUGCAGACGUGGACGAUGCUGAUGAAGAUGAUGACGAGGGCCGGGCUGCAUUGAUUGGGCGGAAAAUGUCGUCAAGGAAGAGAAAACCCGAGAGUGAUCCCAUCCCAACGAAGCAGCCGGAGGAUGCAAAUAACGAAUUGAAAAAUGAGGAUAGUGAGAGGCCAAGUGAGGGUAAAGUAGCCGGCCUAUAUCAGCGGCAAAAGUCAAAUAGGAGGGGAAAGGCGACGAGCUUUUUGGAUGAAAUUCUCGCUGAGCGAUCGAAGAAGCGGAAGAAGCGGUAA